AUUUUAUAUGUGGGAUCAGUGAAGGAUUGGUGGCAACUAAAAAAAAUUUAAAGGUUUAGUGUUAGGAAGUGGAAUAUAAUAUGAGUAAUGUAAUCUGUGUAUGUGUGGCUGCUUGGGGGUGUGUUGGUUGACUCCCUCCCUUUUAUUGGUGUGGGCAGGAAAGUUUGAGUCAGGCCUUGAGGAUAGAGGAGUUUGAAGACUGAUUCUGACUGAAGGUAAGGGAGUAAGGACAAAUCUGAUUGUGACUGAAGGCAAGGGAGCAAGGACAUGCAUUUGAUGUGUGCAAGACUCGGUUUGAGACAUUGCUUUCUUAACUGUGCCUUGUAACUGCCCCGUAUCUGCACAGGUGUUGGAUGAAUGUGUGUGCCCAAGUGUGUCCAGCCUAGGGUACUGUGUUAUGUAGGAGGGACACUGGCCAAGGGCAACAAAAAUACAAUAAGAAAAACCCACUGAGAUGCCAGUCCCAGAAAAGGGUCCAAAACUGUAGUCAAAAAUUGAAAGACGAGUGUCUUGAGACCUCCAUCUUGAAGGAAUUCAAAUCAUAGGAAGGUGGAAAUACAGAAGCAAGCAGGGAGUUCCAGAGUUUACCAGAGAAAGGGAUGAAUGAUUGGGAGUACUGGUUAACUCUUGCUUUAGAGAUGACAGAAUAGGGGUGAGAGAAAGAAGAAAGUCUUGUGCAGCGAGGCCGUGGGAGGAGGGGAGGCAUGCAGUUGGCAAGAUCAGAAUAGCUGUUAGCGUGAAAAUAGUGGUAGAAGAUGGCUAGAGAUGCAACAUUGCGGCGAUGAGAGGGAUACUGAAGACGGUCAGAAGAGAGGAGUUUGAGACAAAGCUUUUGAUUCCAACUUGUCUAGAAAAGUGGUACGAGUGGAACCAGCCCCCUCAGAUGUGGGAAGCAUUAUCUAUACAUGGAUAGAUAAGGGCCUUGUACAAAGCUUUUGAUUCCAACUUGUCUAGAAAAGUGGUACGAGUGGAACCAGCCCCCUCAGAUGUGGGAAGCAUUAUCUAUACAUGGAUAGAUAAGGGCCUUGUACAGAGUUAGCAGCUGGGGGGUGAGAAAAAAUGGAGACGUCUCAGAACACCUAACUUCAUAGAAGCUGUUUUAGUUAGAGAUAUGCGACGUUUCCAGUUUAGAUUAUAAGAAAGGACAGACCAAGGAUGUUCAGUGGUAGAUGUUUAAGAAUCUUCCUGUUGAGGAUAGAUUAAGAAACUUUAAGAUAUGCAGGAAAUUAAAGCAAUAGGACAGUAGUUUGAGGGAUUAGAACGUCACCCUUUUUAGGAACAAACUAAAACUUCCAGCAAGAAGGAAAGGUAGAUGUUGACAGACAGCUGAAAGAGAGUGACUGGGCAAGGUGCAAGCUUGGAGGCACAGUUUCAGAAAACAAUAGGAGUUGCCCCAUCAGGUCCGUAAGCCUUCUGAGGGUUUAGGAGAAUAUCAUUGCAAAGAAUUUUAAUAGGUAGCAUGAAGUAGUCAGAGGGUGGAGGAGAGGGAGGAACAAGCCCAGAAUUGUCCAAGGUAGAGUUUUUAGCAAAGGUCUGAACAAAGAGUUCAGCUUUAGAAAUAGAUGUGAUAGCAGUGGUGCCAUCUGGUUGAAAUAAAGGAGAGAAAGAAGAAGCAGCAAAGUUAUUGGAGAUAUUUUUGGCUAGAUGCCAGAAGUCAUGAGAGGAGUUAGAUCUUGAAAGAUUUUUGACACUGUUAAUGAAGGAGUUUUUGGCUAGUUGGAGAACAGACUUGGCACGGUUCUGGGCAGAAAUAUAAAGUGCAUGAGAUUCUGGUGAUGGAAGGCUUAAGUACCUUUUGUGGGCCACCUCUCUAUCAUGUAUAGCACGAGAACAAGCUGUGUUAAACCAUGGUUUGGAAGGUUUAGGUCGAGAAAGAGUAAGGAAUGUAUGCCUCCAUUCCAGACACUAUCACCUCUGUUAUGCGCUCAGCACACAAAGACGGGUCUUUGACAUAGAAGCAGUAGUCAUUCCAAGGAAAAUCAGGCUUGUGAGUAAAGUAGCCUCACAUUUACUGACACCAAACCUAGAGUAAGACCAACGAGCCUCCAUUUCCAGGAAAUGCAGGCUGUGUGUGUGUGGGGGAGGGGGCAGGUUUACAACAUUAUUGCUUUUGCUAGGCAUGUGCUGGAAGAUUGUCUGAAAACUAGCUAAAAAAAAAAUGACAGUUUAGGAGUACCUUGCACGAAAAAAUUUUGAAACGUACUUUGUUGCUCUAGGAAACAAUGAAAAAAAAAACCAGCUCUUGCUUUAAAAAUAAAUUAACUCGUACUCAAUAGUCUCAAUAGUCUCUGGAAGCAAGCACAUUAGUGUUGGGGUUUGUGGGCCAUUUAAUAUAAUCCAUUUGGUGAUUUGCUCCCACAUUUGGACUCGUUUAGAGGCUAAAGAAAUAUGAUAAAGGAAAUUGUGGAUAAAGAAAAAAAAAUGAGAUGGAUGGGCAUUAAAAUGAUAAAUACAGGAACUAUUAGCAAACUAAUUCAAAACUAUAUUUUCUGCCAUUGUCGAUAUUGUAUAAUAUCGACCGUAAGAAAGAACUGCGUAAAAAAAAAUAAGACCGUUUUCAUCACUUGAAACAAUUAUGUGUGUGUGUGUGUGUGUGUGUGUGUGUGAAAUAUUUACUGUAAAAAAUAAAUAAGACCGCUUUCAUCACUUGAAACACACAAUUAUGAGGUUGUGUGUGUGUGUGUGUGUGUGUGUUAAAUAUUUAUUGUAAAAAAAUAUAAAUAAAUGUAAGAAUACAACAACGAUAUAGAGAAGAAAAAGACAUUAUAGGGGCAUUCCUGUCUGAAAAUAAAUGUACUGAAGAAACAGAGAACAGUGCAUAAAUUUCGGAUAAUAAGAGAAGAAAAAGAGAGGAAACAAAGAGAACAGUGCAUAAAUUUCGGAUAAUAAGAAAGAAGAAAAAGAAACAGAAAACCCAGACUACGAGAAAAGACAACUGAGGAACGCCGUUUCAAAAGCAACAUUCCCUGAACAGCAACUCGAAGUGAAUAGGUUAGAGGAUGAGAAAAAUUCAGCGUGGAGUCUAGGAGGGAAUGAGUUGCAACAGACAGAUGAAUACAAUUACCUGGGAAUGUGGAUGAGUCUGAAUGGCUGUGUGAAGGCAAAGAAUGAAAAGAUAGGCAUGGUGAACCAGUGGGUGGGUCUUCUAGGAAGUGCAGCAAUGAUGAGGGCGAAUAAAUAUGACGUGCUGCGAGAAGUUUGAAAGUGUGUGGCUGUUCCGAGCAUAAUAUAUGGUAUGGAUAUGAUUGUGUUGAAUGAGAAUGAAUUAGAAAAGUUAGAAGUAGGACAGGAUAGAGUAGCAAGGAUGGCAUAAUGCACUAAGGUAUGCAGCGAUAGAGGCCUUAGAGGGGACAUGGGUUAGAGUACUUUUCGAGAGAAACAUGCAAAAGCAACCUUGAGGUACAAAGCUAUAUUAAAGAGGAUGGAUGAUGCGAGACUAGUGAGAAAGGUGUUUCUGUGGAAUGUCAGGAGUAGCAGGUGGGGGAAGAAGUGUGUUAAGAUGAUAGUAAAGAGUGGCUGGGCUUUUCAGUGGUCCGAGGGGAAGCAUAUUGAGUGACUGGAAUAUGAUUGUCAGAAAUGGAGAGGGUUUAGAAUGGGAUGUAAGAAAGUGGAAAAAUGAGAUAGAGUGGUGAAGCAUGUGGGGAGUGAGUGAAUGGGAAAAUAAGAUGGAACAUGAGAAUACUAUGGAGUGGUAUAUAGAGAAAAGGGUCCCAAUGUAUGAAAAGUGGUAUGAGGCAGGCUUGGGUGGUGAUCUCUUCUGAGCGAAGGCACAGUGUAUGGAUGUAAAUGCAGUUACAGAUGGUCAGUCUCGCAGGAAAGUGUGCCAGAUGUGUGACACGGGAGAAGAUGAGAGGAUGGAGCAUGUGGUGCUGGAGUGUGUGAAGCAUGCCAGAGACGGGGAUGAGAUUAUGCAAAUGGUGCUGAGGGAAUUGGGACAUGCUAGAGUGGAGAAGACAGGAAGGGAAUGGAUGGUGAUGCUGCUGAGACUGUGGGGAAACGAAUGAAAGGAUGAUUGAGGCUGUGAAAGAGUUCCUGGAGAAAAUGUGGCGUGCCAGAUGUAGGAACUAGUGGUGUGAUUGAUGCUGUAUGACUCUGUAUGCCAUUUUCUGUUUGUCGUUCUUUUUUCCUCUACAGUAGUGCCGAUGCAAAGGCUUGGGAGGAAUCCUGAGCCUCCUGUAAGGUCAAGAUCAAGAUCAAUCGAGCCACCUCGGAAAGUAAACAUUGGAGUCCCUGCCGUUAAGAGGGUGGGGUAGGCCUUGAGUGCAGGUGUGGCUGUAGAGCAGAACGGGACAGCGCUCAAGGCAGGCCGUGGUGCUCCAGGAUGUGAUGGGAGGACAGGAGGUCUAGUUUUGGCUCACCACACCACACACCGCACCACACAGCUUGCAGCCCACCACACUGGCAUGAGUUAGCACCCCAUGUCAUGCCACAUCUGCCACCAUGAACAAGCUGAAGCUGCAGAGUCACCAGAAGACCUACAGGGAGGAGGACCUGCUGGUGAACGUGAAGGACCUUGGGCCAGAAGUGAAGGCAGGGGAUGUCAUUGAGAUCUACCACCCCGAGGAUGACCUGCCGCGCCUGCUCCUCAAGAUCCCCUCCACCCUUGAGGACAUCAGCCUCCAGAAGGACACCAUUAGCAUCGAGCAGAGCAUCGCCGCCACCUUCCAGCUGCGCAACUACAAGGAUGUCAUUGUGAACACAGUGGAGCCCAAGGCGGUGGCACUGGAGCUGGUGGAGCUAACAUUCAAGGACCAGUACCUUGGCCGCUCUGACAUGUGGAGGCUCAAGAUGCACAUGGUGAACUCAGUGGUGUACCUCAACAAGAAGAUUGAGUUCUGUUCUGGCAGCAUCCGCACUCAGGUGUACGAGAUGUGGGCUCAGGGCGGCAAGGUGGCCUGUGGGGUGGUGACGGAGAACACCAAGGUGGUGUAUCGUUCCUCCACCAGCAUGGUCUACCUCUUCAUCCAAAUGAGCUCCGAGAUGUGGGACUUUGACCUCUACGGGGACCUCUACUUUGAGAAGGCUGUCAGUGGGUUUCUGUCUGAGCUUUUUGCCAAGUGGAAGAAAGAGAGCAGUAACCAUGACGUGACCAUUGUGCUGUUCUCCCGCACGUACUACAAGGCCACCAGCAUUGACGAGUUCCCCACCUACAUGAGGGAGUGCCUGCAGGAGGACUACCGUGGGAGGUUUUAUGAAGACUUCUACAGGGUGGCAGUGCAGAAUGAACGCUAUGAUGAUUGGUCUGCCACCCUGACACACCUGCGGCGCAUGUUCAACAACUACCUGCCCAGCGUCCUGCAGCACCACCACCAGCCCGGCGUUACAGUGCCCGAGGCUGUCAACUCAUCAGCCUCACAGGGGAACUUCCUCGAGGUGCUCAAUAUUUCACUCAAUGUGUUUGAGAAGCACUACCUGGACCGGAGUUUUGACCGUACUGGGCAGGUGUCAGUGGUGGUGACACCAGGGGUGGGGGUGUUUGAGGUGGACCGGGAGCUCACCAACAUCACCAAGCAGCGCAUCAUUGACAAUGGUGUGGGCUCAGACCUGGUAUGCGUUGGGGAGCAACCUCUCCACGCUGUGCCACUGCUUAAGUUUCACAACAAGAAGGGCGGGGUGAACGCGGACGACUACAGCAUGCCCCACACCUGGAUCAACCUCAGCUUCUACUCAUCCAAGAAAAAGAUUGGUUAUGGCACCUUCAUCCCACGCAUUAAGCUGCCGCCAGAGAAGCCCAAGUCAUCCAGGAGAGAGCGGCCGGACUGCCUCGCCUCGGCCCCCUGCAUGAAGCCAGCCCUGCAAGACACAGCACUGCCCAACUCUAUCUUUGAUUAUGACUCUUAUGACGCCCAGGUGUUCAAGUUGCCGAGUAGCCACAACAAUAAGGCAUACCGCAGCCUGCAGCGUCCCACCACCAGGAAGAAGGCGCCACAGGGCCACCCGCCCUCCUCCUCCAUGCAGCCCAUCACCCGCGUCAGCCUGCACCGCAAACUGUCUGACCCUGACCUCUACAGUGGGGUGGAGCAGAUCUCCAGCUCCUUAGUGCCCAUGGGGAGCGGCAUGGGCUCGGUGAUUGACAAGUCCCCUGCCAUCAACAUUCCAGCACGCAUCACAGAAAACAAGAUGUACUCACAGUCCUUUGGUGCUCUCAAUGUUGAAGCAGGAGUGCAGCGUCCCCGCACACAGGCACUAUACGAGGGAGAUGAGACAUCCCCCUCACACUCCAAAGUGGGGUCCAGCAAUGGCGCCUCCCCCUGCGAGAGGACACAGCUGACCAAGAACAAGCCAGUCAGCACCCACCGCCCUGGGAGGUCACUCAUCAACCCCUUUGACCCAUCCCACAUGACCAUCAAGCUGACCUCAAACAGGCGGAGGUGGAUUCAUAUCUUCCCCAAAGACCAGACAGGCGUCCUGAUCCAGCAGCACCACUACCAGGUGAGCAGUAGAGUGAGAGGCAACAUUGUGUCCUCCUCACCACUGCCCACACCUGAUGGGGACACCACCUACCUUGCACACCUGCACCUCCACCACCAUCACCUCGCCUCCACGCCCACCAAGAACGGCCCUGCCUCCCCCAGCACUGAGUUCAGGAUGUACAACGGGUCUGGCAUGGUGGAGGUGAACGGCCUGCGUCCCCGGAACCUCACUUCCCAGCACAGUCAGGAGAGUAUCAAUGGAGUGAGGAGGGAGAGCAGGCCGCGCACCACCUCCCAGAACAGUUCCCUUGCCUCUGUGGACAUCACUCUGCGUGGCGCCGGCACCCCACAGAAGGCUGGAGGAGCGGGGAUGGGCGGGGGGCUGCGCUUGGUGGGGGGUGUCAACUCUGGCAAGGCAAAGUUCCCCGCCACGCUGAUCUGGGGCGCCACGGGGGAACAGGAGUGGAAUGCUGGACUCACUACAGGAGUGGACUGGAAGAGCCUGACACUGCCGGCCUGCCUGCCCAUCACCACAGACUACUUCCCUGAGGAACAGUCCCUCCACAACGACUACGUCGUGGCUGACUACAACCUGCUGGUGGAUGAGCCUGAGGAGUCAGUGCUCAGACCUCUCACCACCAAGAUGGUCUUCCUAGAACUGGUGUCACAACGUCUGGCUCAGGGCUUCCAGAUGAUAAUGCUGGCAGAGAGGGGCGGCGUUGGGGGAGCAGGGAGUGGGGAGCUUGGAUCAGGGGGUGCUGCAGGGUACUCUGGGGUGGGGUCCUUCAUCCGGAACCGCAGCCGCACCCACCACAACACAGUGACACAGGAGUACCGCCUCUCCAUUGGCCGCAUCUUCCACAAGAUUCUCCUGUACGGCUCUACCAUCACCGUCACCAUCUACAGGCCCCGACACCCGUACCCUCAGCUGAAGCGCCAAUAUAAGUACAGGUUUCGGGCACCUGAGAUGAGCAGCUACGAGGUGUCUUGGGUGGACUUCAGGACGGAGCGCCUCGAGACUUACAUGUGGAACCACCUCGACAACUACAUCUGCUUCCGGGGCGAGUCUCCGGACUACCCACUCAUUGAGCCCCUCAAGUUCUGGCGGUUCCGAGUGCUGCUGGUGGGCGACUGCUUCCGAGUCCCCACACGGUCCAUCCUGGAGACUGACACGCUGACUGACAUCUAUGGGAAACCCAGCCUGGAUGAGCAGCAGGAGACAAUAGAAGGCUUCCUCAGGUUCCUGGAGAUCACUGUGCACCGCCUCAAGAAGCCGGUCAAUGCACGCAAGUCCCGGAAGGUGGGGGGAGGGGGUGCCAAGGGCGGGGGGGUGUUUGGGCGUCGCCACAGUCUGGCAGCGCCCAGCCUCCCCUCCUCAGGCACCAUCUUCACUGUGACCACGCCCUUCACCGCCACCGCUGCUGCCGGGUCCAGUGGCCAGAGUGUUGGCGGUGUGCGGGAGAGGCUGGGAAGUAACCGGGUGCUGGAGCGGCCACGACCAAGGGCAGGCAGCAGGGCGUCGGAGAGGCUGCGGUUUGAGAGUGGCACGGCGCGGGAGGUGCACACCGACCCUCCUGAGAUGAAGAGCUUGGUGGAGCCAGAGGAGGAGGCCAAGGAGGAGGGAGAGAACAAGAAGCUAGCACUGGGGUCCACACUGGCGGAGGUGGCUGAGGUGAUGAAGGACCCAGCAAGGGGUGUGUGUCUCUUGCAGCGACAGCCCUGCCUGCCGUCCCUCACCUUCGUGGCUGCUGACGCCACAGCCUGGGUGUGUGACCACGUGGAGGGGGCUGCCUCGGAGACUGCUGCUGUGGAACUCCUGCAAAAAAUGGUGAAGAGUGAGCUGAUCUGCCACGCCUCUGGGAACAAAGACCACCCCUUCGUGCACGGCUUCUUCCUCUACUUCUUUGUCACUGGGAAUAAAGAGCAAGACCAGGUGAGCCUCGACCCACUCUCCUUCCUCAGUGAGUGGCACCAGGUGGAGGUGGAGCCCCUUCCCUCACCCCCCCGCCAGGUGCCUUCCACACCCCCACCCUGCCCCACCUUCCUCCAGGCCGACUUGCCACUGCCCAUGCCCCGUAGAGGCCGAUUCAAGCUGUACCACACAGGGCACCUAGACCUGGACUGCAACAACCGGAGUGACCGCAUUGAGUGGGGCCACAUCAAGUACCACUCGGUCUUCCACCCCCAGCAGGCAUAUGAACUGAUCGUGCAGUGGCUGUGUGCAACGGGGACCAUUGUGACUGACCUGAUGGUAACCUGGCAGAGGAAGGCACAGGCAUGCGGGCUGCACCUCUUCCCCGUGCCAAGUGACCCCUUUGCCCUGCCUUACUCCUGCAACUCAGACCCCCUUCGUGGGCCCAUUCUGGUGCCCCUCAAUGUCUCCUGCUUCACCCUGCCUGGCUCGGAGCCCUUUGCACAGUUCCCGGCAGACACCUGGGGCCGCCGCAUGCAUCUCUUCCAGGAGGCAAUCUUGGAAAGGUUUGGGUUUGUGCCAUAUGUGACGGACACACACACCACCGACCCCAACCAGUUUGUCCACGUGACGGGCAACAUGUUCAUCAUGAUCCACUCCCCCGGCUCCUGUGCACUCCCCUACACCCCAGAGCCUAACACUCGCCCCAGGACCUUCUCCACCUCCUCCUCCUCUCAGCUCAACCAGGCUGACAUGCUCUAUGGAGUGUCCAGUCCACAUGUCGAGUAUUUCCACCGUUUGAUCGCUGACUUGUAUUCCCACGAAAUCAGCGAGCACCAGCCCGGCUUCCUGUGGACCUUCAACUAUAUGAUGACCAGGCGGUGGAAGGUGCCUCAGAUCUCUGGCGAUGAGGUGCUUGCUGAGAAGAUGCUGCAUGACUUCCGCCUCUUUUGCGCCAACGACCGGAACAGACUCAGGGAUUUCUGGGACUCACACCUCCCCCUCCUCGCCCCAACCUCCCCCACAGAUGAACUGAUGAAUGAGCCUUAGGAGUGCAGGGUUGUAUUUUGAAACACUUCCACGCUGCACCUCUGCUAGUUUCAAGAGGCUCUAGUUAGUUGAAAUGCCACGGGUUUUCAAGGGUGUUUCUACAGUUCCAGUGACAGAAUAAUGAGAUUUUUAUGUUUUUAGCAUGAGAAACACUCUUGAGAAGCCCCUCUCCUAUCAAAAGGCUCUAGUUUGUUGUAGUGACAUGAGUUUUCAAGGAUGUUUUUAUGGUUCUAGUGACAGAUUAAGAAGAUUUCUAUGUUGUUAACUGGAUAAACACUCCUGAGAAGCCCUACUAUGAAUAGGUUCUAAUUUGUUAAAGUGCCACAGGUUUUCAAGGGUGUUUCUAUGAUUCUAGUGACAGAUCAAGGAGAUUUCUGUUAUUAACUGGAGAAACACUCUUGAGAACCUCCACUACUUUCAAAAGGCUGUAGUUAGUUGAGGUGACAUGGGUUUUCAAGGGUGUUUCUAUGUUUCUAGUGACAAAAUAACAAGAUUUCUACAUUGUUAACAGGAGAAACACUCUUGAGAACCCAGCAAAUCAUCUCUGUAGUGUUGGAAAAUAGUCAUAGUGAAGUGACACAGGUUUCCAAGGUGUUUCUAUGGUUCUAGAGACAGAAUAACAAGAUUACAUUAUUAAUGGGAGAAAUGGUCUUGAAAACCUGGCUUAUCAUCUCUGUGGCCUUUAAAAAUAGUCAUGGUGAAGUGACAUGGGUUUUCAAGGGUGUUUCUAUGGUCCUAGUAACAAAUUAACAAGAUUUCUACACUGUCAACUGGAGAAAGUCUUGAGAACCAGGCCUAUCAUCUCUGUGGCCCUGGAUAAUAGUCGUGGUGAGAGAGCAGAGCGUUUCUGAAUACAGGCCCUGGAGUGUGGGUGUGGUGGUUGGCUUAGAGAUUGUGUGAUGAGGUUUGUGUGUCCUAUGGCAAGAUGUUAAUAGGAGGAAGUAUGGGUUGAUAGGAAGAGGAAGAAGAUAAGGAGUAGGAGGAGGAGGAGGAGGAGGAAGAUGAGGGAAAAUUACAAUGGCAAGGAGGAGGAAGAGGAAGACAGAGAAGGAAGAUGAUGAUGAGAAGGAAGAGGAAUACAGGGAAGGAAGAUGAUGAUGAGAAGGAGGAGGAAGAGAUUGAUGAUGAACAGGAGGAGGAAGAGAAAGAAAAUGAUAAUGAAGAAAAGAAAGAAGAUAAGGAAGAAGAGAAAGAAUAUAACAAGGGGAAAGAGAAUAAGAAUGAAAAGAAAGAGAAAGAUGAUGAUGAUCAUGGUGAUUAUGAUGAUGAUGAUGAUGAUGAUGGUAGUGAUGAUAAGGAAGAAGUGAAAGAAGAUAAUGAUGAUGAUGAUGAUGACAGAACAGUGAUACUCUAUUCAAGUAAAAAAAUAAAAGUAAGAAAACAAUCUUAAUUCAGUCAUACAUAACACAAUACAAAAGCUAUGUAUAUUCUUUCUAUAGUGUUAUAUAUAUAUAUAUAUAUAUAUAUAUAUAUAUAUAUAUAUAUAUAUAUAUAUAUAUAUAUAUAUAUAUAUAUAUAUAUAUAUAUAUAUUUUGCUGCUCAAUGUAGUGUGUAUAAGGGUGUCAGUGUGUUGAGUAUAUGGUGUGUGUGUGUGUGUGUGUGUGUGUGUGUGUGUGUGUGUGUGUGUGCUUAUCUAUUGGAAAAAUGCUGAUGAUGAUGAUAGCCGUUUGAGAAUAGCAUUGAUUUUUUCUUUUUUCUUUAUUUUUCUUUCUUUCUUUUUUUCUUUUUCUAUUUUUUUCCUUAAUUUUUCUCUUUCUUUUUCCUUUAUUUUUCACCUUUUUUCCUCCCUAUUCUUUCUUUUACUUCCUUCCUUCCUCUCUAUUUUCCUUUCCUGUUCUUUCUUUGCUAUUCUUUCUUUUUUUUUCUUUUUCUAUUUUUUUCCUUAAUUUUUCUCUUUCUUUUUUCCUUUAUUUUUCAUCUUUUUUCCUCCCUAUUCUUUCUUUUACUUCCUUCCUUCCUCUCUAUUUUCCUUUCCUGUUCUUUCUUUGCUAUUUUCUUCCUUUUCCUUUUUCUUUUUCUCUUAUUCUUUCUUUCCCUCUUUUCUUUCUUUUUCUUCCUCCCGCUAUCAAUUUUCCUUUCUUCAUUUUUUUCUUUUUGUUUUCUUUCUUCCUUUUCUCUUUCCCUUUCCUUCUUUCCUUUUCUUCCCUUUUUUCUCUCUUGUUUUCCUCCCUUUUCUUUAUAUUUUCUUUUCCUGCUUUUCUUUCUUUUGUUUCUUUUCUUCCUAUUUUUCUUUCUUUCUCUCCUUUUCUCCUUUUUUGUUUUCUUGUUUCUUUUUUCCUUUCAGUCAGUAUGCUAAGAACCUUUUUACAAUUUCUUUUCUAAAACAUACAAUUAAGUGUUAAACAAAUAUUAGCUAUUACAUUUAUUAUUUACAUGUAUUUCUUAUCUAGUUUUUUGUAUUAGUAGUCUAAGUAAAAAAUUAUCCUUUGAAUUUGAGAUGAAGGAAAGGUGUAUACUCUUACUGCCAGUACAUUUAGACCUGUGUGUAUUGUUAUUAUUUUUUCUGUCUAUGUUGUACCUCCUGUGUUUACUUUAUCAUAUGUGAUCCUUAGGAAUUAUUGUACUCUGUUUUAUUUUAUUUUAUUUAUUCAUUUAUUAUUUAUUUAUUUAAUUUUAUUUAUUUUUUUCUAUGUAUUUGUUUUUCCAAGCAAUAAUGGAAGGUCAGAUUAAUUUACUUAUGGAAUCCAUAUGUUCAUGCAGUAAAGCCAAGAUUAUUGUACUUUUUUCUUUUAUCAUCAACUAUGGAAGAUUCACUUGUAUACAGAAUCCAUAUGCUCAUACAAUACUGCUGAGAUUAUUGUGCCUUUUUUUUUUUUUUUUUUUUUUGUAUGAAAGAUAAACAGAUUAAUAUCUAUGCAAAAAUUGUGUUUGUACAAUAACACUUGAAUUAUUGUACUUUUUUUUUCUUUCUCUUUCUCUCUCUCUCUUUUUUUUUUUUUUAGCAUGGAAGUUUAGCAGAUUAAUUUGUAUACAGGAUCAAUAUAUUUGUACAAUAAUGCUUAGAUUAUUGUACAUUUGUAUUUUCUUCUUAUUCUUCUCCAUCUCAUAUAUAUUAUAUAUAUAUAUAUAUAUAUAUAUAUAUAUAUAUAUAUAUAUAUAUAUAUAUAUAUAUAUAUAUAUAUAUAUAUAUAUAUAUAUAUAUAUAUAUAUAUAUAUAUAUAUAUAUAUAUAUAUAUAUAUAUAUAUAUAUAUAUAUAUAUAUAUAUAUAUUCGUGCACAUACACACUUGCUGCUCUAUUCAGGUAUAUAUAUAGUUGAUUUUGAGCACGUUUCCUAGUUAAAUAAGGAGUGCUGUGAUACAUGACAGGUGUUUUGAUGCUAAUAAUGAUGAUGAGCUAUUUUUUAUAAUAUAUUACAGUGUUGAUGUC